CAAAUUUUGCCAAAACCCCAAGAACGGGUCUGGGUUUGUAUUUGUUACUGGUGAUUCGAGAUAACUUGUGUGUGUUUUCUUUUCGGGUUUGGUUCAAAGCGUUGAUGGACCUUUAACCAGAAAUAAGUUGUUUGAACUUCCCUGCAUAAUUAUGUCAUAGGAAAGCAUAAAUUGUUGCAUUAAAUCUUUGACUUGCCCAACUCGCAAGCACUUUGAUCGUAAGUGUGUUUAUUUUAGUUUUGAGUUUUUUAGGUGAGAAUGGCUGGAAUAGAAGGUCAUGCAAUCGGAAUUGAUCUCGGCACAAAGUACUCAUGUGUGGGAGUUUGGAAGCAUGAUAACAAUAAUGUGGAAAUCAUAGUGAACGAUCAGGGCAACAGGACCACGCCGUCAUGUGUUGCCUUCACUGAUACUGAGCUUCUGGUAGGAGAAGCAGCGUUUAAUCAGAUCAUGAGAAACCCCGAAAACUCCAUCUUUGAUGCAAAGCGGUUAAUUGGCAGGAAAUUCAGUGAUGCAUCUGUUCAAAGUGACAAGAAGCUCUGGCCAUUCAAGGUGGUUGAAGGUCCUGAUGAUAAGCCUAUGAUUUUGGUUACGCAUGAAGGCAAAGAGAAACAGUGUGCUGCUGAAGAGAUCUCAAGUAUGGUUCUUGCAAAAAUGCGGGAGAUUGCUGAAGUCUAUCUUGGAUCCACUGUGAAGAAUGCAGUGAUCACAGUCCCUGCUUACUUCAAUAAUUCACAGCGCGAGGCUACAAAAAAAGCUGGUAUUACUGCAGGCCUAAAUGUGAUGCGUAUCAUUAAUGAACCAACAGCAGCAGCCAUUGCUUAUGGCCUGGACAAGAAGUCUGGUUGGUAUAGCAAGAGAAAUGUACUCGUAUUUGAUUUGGGUGGGGGUACUUUGGAUGUGUCAAUACUUACAAUAGGUGAUGGUGUCUUUGAAGUGAAAGCCACUGCUGGAGAUACUCAUCUUGGAGGUGAGGACUUCGAUACCAAAAUGGUGAAUUACUGUGUUGAGGAAUUUAAGAGGAAGCACAAUUUGGAUGUCAGUGGAAACAUCAGAACUCUUAGGAGGUUAAGAAAUGCAUGUGAAAAGGCAAAGAGGAGACUUUCAUUUACAACUACAACUGACAUUGAAAUUGAAUGUUUGCAUCAAGGUAUUGAUUUCUAUGUGACUUUCACUCGUGCCAAAUUUGAACUACUCAACCUUGAUUACUUCAAUAAGUGUAUGGAGCCUGUGGAGAAGUGUUUGGAGGAUGCCAAAAUGGACGUAGGUAGUGUGCAUGAUGUCGUUCUUGCUGGUGGCUCUUCUAGAAUUCCCAAGGUGCAACAACUGCUACAAAAUGUGUUCAAGGGGAAGGAGCUGUGCAAGAGCAUGAAUCCUGAUGAGGCAAUAGCAUAUGGUGCAGCUGUUCAAGCUGCAGUUUUGACAGGUGGGAACUUCCUUGGGAAACUUCAAGACUUCACUCUGUUUGAUGUCACCCCUCUGUCACUUGGAACAGAUAGUGCUGAUCCUAGUGACCCUCACAAAAUCGAGCAAUACAUGUGUGUGGUGAUUCCAAGAAACUCUCGCAUUCCCAUCAAGAAGAAACAGGAAUUUGUAACUGUUUAUGACAACCAAAAAUCAGUUGGCUUCCCUGUUUAUGAGGGUGAGAGUAGAAUACCCACACAAAAUAACCUUUUAGGUGAUUUUUCACUUGAUGACAUUCCUCCUGCUCCUGCUGGUGAAGCCAUAUUUGAUGUUUGCUUUGAUAUUGAUGCAAAUGGUAUCUUGAGUGUCUCUGCUGAGGACAUGUCCACAGGCCAAAAGAAGGGGAUUACAAUCAACAGUAAUAGAAGAACUUUUGAAGGCAUUGAUAAUGCGAGGUAGGAAUUGCUAAUUUUAUGGCAUCCUAAGACUGAAUCAGCAAAUGUGUUCGAGAACAUAAUUUUUCUUUUUUCUUUUUAGAGUAAUCCCGCAAAUGGAUGCUCCUUCUUUGGCUUGGUCAUGAGUCUCUUUCAUUAACUCCAGUUAUGAAACAACCCAUGUUUAUUCGAGGGUAUUGUCCUCUUAAGGUUGUUUUAUGGCAUUUACUCUACUUCAGAUAUAAAUCUAUUGUAUUUUGACUA